AAACCCCCGGCAAUGAAGGAAUCGCAACUAAAGGAUCCCUGACAGGCGACCAUUCAGUCUCCAAUGAACUGGAGAGUUGAAAGGGACCCUGGGGCUCAGCUAGUCCAAGACGACAGGCCUGGAAUAUAGGAACCAUAGGAAUAUAGGCUCCUUUUUAUUAUUAUUUUUGUGCAAAAGAGGGGAAUACUCUCAACACCCCUUUGCAGGGCUGAGAUCCAGCAACUUGGAGAAAGAGUCUUCCGUGAACUUGGUGAUCUCCUCUCUUGGUGAGACCAAAUAUUCACGUUCACUGCGCCGUCAUUUCAGGCUGGUUAGGAUAAUUGAGGUUAAUUCAAGUAAUUUGGGUUAGAGAAUUCAGUUUUUUAAAAUUUUCCACAAGUCGUACGUUAUUGAUAUUCAUUCUUCUUAUUGGUAACUUUCCUGUUUCAUCUUUCUUUCUUUUUUGUAAACCACUUUGAGAUUUGUUCAUGUUUCGGCUAUCAAUUUGGUGUACAAAUCUGACAGGGGGGGCGGGAAGAAUAAAUGAACAAAACAGAAACAGGAGAGGUAAAUGGACGGUGUCCGCUUUUUCUUCCCCCUUGUUCGAAAUGGAAAUCAAUCUGGCGAAUACAAUAAACGUUCACUGCUGUUGCUGCUUUGCAGCCCACAAAUAUCGUGCAAAUGAUUACGUUCCACUUGGAAUAAUGUAAUGAAAACGUAAGUUACGUAAUCAAUUGCAAUAUUUUUCAUUCCCCUUUCCAGCAGCUGCAAGUUGCAAAUUUCAUUCUUCCAAAAAAAACCACAUUUAAAAUUGAGGGGGGAAAUUGCAGAAAUGUAUUCGGAGGGGUGGUUUGAUCUGCAUUUUUUUCAAAAAGUAUGUUUGUGUUACGUUGCCAUCCUAUGUGCAUCUACUGAGAAGUAAAUCCCAUUGACCAAAAAUUGUCCAAGAGGUGCUGCCCCGCCCCCCACCCUCCGAAAAAUGCUUUUAUUUGCAAUUUCUCUGGAUGCUUUUAAGUUGGGCGGCGAUUCUAGGCGAUACCAAGACCUGUUUCUUCUCCACGUGAGAAACCUGCGCCUUUUCCAGCAAGCCAACAUUUCCCUCUCUCUGGCUCAACUGCCUGAAAAAACCCCGCAGUCCUCUAAGCCAAGCAGCUAGACCUCUUGAAGCCCUUCUUUCCCCCCCCCCUUCCAAUGGGGCACAAGAUGGCUUCCACCGCAGGAGGGCCGACUUCUCCUGCGGAUGGUGUCUCUGUGUGGGGACGUCGGCCGUACAGUAGCCUCCCCUGACACAAGCGAGAGGCGCUCUCCAGCGGAGCAGAUCCCUUUACGCCCCGGGAUGAGGACAUUGUCCCUGAAACCUGGCAUCCCUCCCCAUGGAAGGGGUGACGUCAGCCGGCUGGAAGAAAGCGAGGAAGAGGAGGAGGAGGGGCAGGUGGGGAGGAGAGGGGCUGCAGGGAGACCAUUCUCAGACCUGGACGCAUCCCCAGCGCACAGCCUUAUCCGACCACCUCCCGUGUAAUUCAAGAACACCCGAGAGAGAGAGAGAGAGAGAGAGAGAGAGAGAGAGAGAGAGAGCCUUCCUUUCUGGGCCCCGUACAGUAUCUCCCCCCCCCAAACCCAACGCUCUCUAAUUUCCCUGCCAUCCGCAUAAGUCCAUCUUGAUUUACCUCCGACUCAUCGUCUCUUAUUUUUAGACCUCCUCCAAGCCUCCAGGCCUUCCCACCCGGCCUCACAUACCUCCCCUCCAUAGUCCCCCCCCCCUUAAUAUGGCAAUAAGGAGAGGCCGUCAAAUAUCAGCCUCGGAGAGAGGGGGACCUGGCCAAGGUGAGGCCCUGGUAAUAAACCAGAGGCAGGUGGUUUGGUCGGGCAGGUGAGGGUUCAGAGGCUCCCCGGACCGGGAUGCAGGUGGCUGUUGUUCAGGGCGGGGGCCCCUCCAUCUCCCAUAUACAUAUAUAGGCAGGGAGCAGAGGGGUGGGGUGUCUCUCGCGGGCAGUGCCAAAUGCCUGAGGAUAAGACAGCCCUCCAUCUCCGGGGCACCUCCCCUCCCGGCUGCUUUUAUGGGCUGCCCGUUGGUCCCUGCCUUUGCUUUUGACGCCCCUCGCCCCUCCGAGAGGUUGUCGCCACCCUGACGGAGCCAGGGCCCCCCUCGGCCAACUCUCCGGGCUGCCUGCCUGUGUCAGCAAAGAACCCAGACGUCCUUGCCCCCCGGAGCCCCCUGCCCUGACAGCCGCCUUAAAGGCAAAGGCGGGAGAGGGGGAGGAAGAGGAGGAGAAGAGGGCCACCUCUCCUUCCGCAGCCGUCUUCCAGGGGCCGGGUUGACUUUCUGCGUUGCCAGGGGAAGGACGAAGGACCGGGGAGCCCAGAGGGAAGUCUCCGCUAUUCAGUCUCCUUCUCUCCUCCUUCAGUUUGGGGCUUCCUCUCCCGGGAAGGUCAGGCAGGAUGAAGUGGCUUGGGGUGGCCCUCGUGGCCUUGCUGCUGGCUGCCUUUGGCCCUCUGGGCCGGGGCGAAGACGGGCUGGAUUUCCCCGAGUACGACGGCAUCGACCGGGUCAUCGACGUCAAUGCCAAGAACUACAAGAACGUCCUGAAGAAGUAUGAGAUCCUGGCUCUGCUGUACCACGAGCCCAUCGGGGACGACAAGGCAUCCCAGAAGCAGUUUGAGCUGGAGGAGCUGAUCUUGGAGGUAACGACCAGGGAUGUGAUGGAGGGAGGCGGCCGGCAGGGGGACACAGGUGCCCCCACCCGCCGGAAACUCUUGUCCCCAAACAGCCAUUUAGGAAGGAAGGGCAACAGGCAACUCAGGUUGUGGGAAGGGGCGAGGUCAAGGAAUUUCAGGAGCUUGGAGAACUCUGUGAUUCCAUCUCUGUGGUUCUAGGGCUUGGGCAGUGCAAGGGCUGGGGGGGGCAAAGGGGCAGAUGUCCCAGGCAUAUCAUACUGGGGGGGUCCGUGCUGUAGAUCGUGGGGGAGGCUACCCAAAAGCAACGGCAUUCAGCUGGUUUGCUGAGUCCUCUGAUUCCUGCCGUGUUCUGUGGGAAUUUCUGCCAUGAUGAAACCCAGCCUUCUCCUCUCUGCCCCCACACCUGUUCCCUCCCCAAACCCCAAUGAUGGGUGCGAUGCAACCCCCCCUCAUCUAAUCCUUGCCCUGAAUCCGUCUCAGGGGAGGAGCGUGGAUGUGUGGAAGGAGUUGUGGAAGAUCAGGGGAGUGGGCAAAGAGGGGUUGUCCCUUGUGCCCUCCAUAAACGGGGGCACUCGGCCAAAUCUUUGGGUCGAUUGUUGCUGGGGCUGUAAUGCUGGAAUCUGUGGAACUCCACUGCCUGGCCCACCUUGCAAGGUUGCUGUUGUUGUGGGGAUUUCACAAGGAAGAGGGAGAACCCCACAUGCCACCUUGAGCUCCUUUGAGAGAGAGAAAUGGGAUACAAAUGCAAUAAAUAUAUAAUCAUAAAUCUGGGUCAAUCCAACAAGGAGGUUCUCCUCAUUGUGUGUCUGCCUUGUGAAUGGAAGGCAGGGGCAGAAAACCUCUAUUAUUAUUAUUUCAUAAGAUUUAUAUGCUGUUUCAUUGUUUUUAAUGAAAAUGCUCAGACAGUCCUUCCUGACAAUCGUUUGCCUUCUUAACCGGUCCAAGCUUAGGGCUACACCUUCACGUGCGAUACACAAGCGUGUCCUUGACAUGUGCUGCUGCAAUCGCGCCUCCGUGCAAAUCUGGGGUGCAGAACCAGGCGAAAGAGAUUGCCUCCCCCCAGGCCCAGAUCCGCAAGACCCCACUCAGGGCUGCGUCCCCCUGUCCUAGACAGCUUCUCUCCCAAGAGAGGAGAGCAACAGCCAGGGCUAAAAUUGCCAUCUCCUUAAUUGGCGCCUUCGGACGGCUGCAAGAACCUCCUCCUCUCCAGAAAGGCAGCCUUGGAAUAGUUUCCUUAGGAAUCUUGCCUGGGGGGCAGGAAAGCAGGGAGGGGGCCAAGGGCUGUCCAGGGAAGGGGGUGCAGCCAGCGCAGGUCAGUGGAACUUUCUAAAAAUGGCCCCAAGGAAGGAGGAGGAGGGGGAAAGAGACACAUUUCAGAGAUGGUCUCCGUUUGGGAAGCCUCAUUUUGGCAUUCCUCAGACCGCAGCAACUUAGCCGGGGGGGGAGGUGUUGGGUGGCCUGAGGAGGGAGGGUGGGGUGGGAAAGGAGGUCAGUCAAAAGUGGGGACACUUAGGAACAGGAAACUGGGGGCCAUCUGGCCUGCUGUGAAGCCGGAAAGGAUCGGAAGGGUCUGGCUUAGUUUUGCAAUAAUGGGCCAUUUAGAGACAGAGGUGGAAUUCGAUUAGGUGCGCAUCUUAAUUCGGUUUCUCAACUGAAUUCUCAGCUGCCAAUUCACAACCUGAAAAGAAAGCGUCCUAUUGGAAUUCGCUCUGUUCUGAAUUUUGCAAUAGGGUUUUUCCAGCAAAAAACCACAUCGACUGGGGUAAAAACCAGAGGAAGGAAUGCAGAGAGGUAGUGUGGUGUAGUGGUCAAAGGGCUAGAGGAAGAUCUGAGAGAGCAGGGUUCAAAUCCCCUCUCAGCCUGGAAGCUCCCUGGGUGACCUUAGGCCAAUCACAGUCUCUCGGCCGAACCUACCGCACAGGGUUCUUGUGAGGAUAAAAUGGAGCAGGGAGAGCUAUGUGCAGGGAAAGUGGGGUAAUGAUAACAAUAACAAUAGUAAUAAUAAUGUGCAGCAGAAAGUCGCACUGAAAUCGGGAUGAAUUUUCAGACAUUCUUUUUAUUUUAUUUUUUAACUGACAUACUGAGGAGGAAAUGCGAGGAACAGAAAUUAAAACGGGAGAAAAAUGGAAAAGUUGUAGAAACCAAAACUGACAAGCUGCAGCGCCGCCCCCACCUAGUGCUGUUUUGUGAAAAGACUACACAGAUUUGCAUCCAGUGUGCAUAUGCUAAUGUAGGUAUAAUUGCUAUAAUUUAAGAGCCUGGCUGCUGGAUCGGGCCAAAGGGCUCCAUCCAGUCCAGCCCCCUCUUCUCAUGGUGGUCAGCCAGAGGCCUCAAAGGGAAAUCUGUAAGCAGGAUCCGAGCGCAAGAGCAACUCUCCCCUCCUGUGGUUUGCCAGCAACUGGGAUUCAGAAGCAGGGCUGCCUCUGAUGGUGGGGAGCCACCGAUGGCCCUCUCCUCCUCCGUGAAUUCCUCCAUUGCGCUUUUAAAGCCAUCCAGGUUGGUGGCCUCCUGUGGCAGGGAGUUCCACAGUUUAACUCUGUGCUGCCUGAAGGAGGACUUCCCAGUAUGUUUCUGAGCACAAUUCAAAGUGUUGGUGCUGACCUUGAAAGCCCUAAAUAGCCUCAAAGGCCCAGUAUAUCUGAAGGAGCGUCUCCACCCCCAUCAUUCAGCCCAGACACUGAGGUCCAGAUCCAAGGGCCUUCUGGCGGUUCCCUCCCUGCGAGAAGCAAAGCUACAGGGAACCAGGCAGAGGGCCUUCUCGGUGGUGGCUCCCGCCCUGUGGAACGCCCUCUCACCAGAUGUCCAACAGAUAAACAACUACCAGACUUUUAGAAGACAUCUGAAGGCAGCCCUGUUCAGGGAAGUUUUUAACAUGUGACAUUUUAAUGUAUUUUUCAUCUUUGUUGGAAGCCGCCCAGAGUGGCUGGGGAAACCCAUCCAGAUGGGUGGGGUACAAAUAAAUUAUUAUUAUUAUUAUUAUUAUUAUUAUUAUUAUAACUUUAAUAGGGAGACAACGCACUUCACCCCAGGGAUGACCAGGCUGCUGUCCAACUGCUGAUCUGGGUUGAGGAGCAACAUCAAGGGAAACACACACACACACACACACACACACACAGCCGUCCUGCUUCGUAGGGUCCCUUUAUCUUUAAACGGGACUUGGACACACAGCCCUUCAAAGACAGGACACAGGGCCUCCCUCUCUAGGCUGCCAGGGGAGGAAGGGAAUUCAUAGAAUUGUAGAGAACGGAAGGGACCCAAAGAGUCUUCUCUUCCAGCCCCCAGCUAGAUGUGGAUUGUACUGGCUGGGGUUUUUCUUCUCCCAAAGGUGCUUUGAUGUAUAAGCCCAGUGCGUCUGUCUCAGUCUAAUCCAUGGCCAGAUUUCGAGGGUUUUGUAAACCCUGCAAAAAAGCAACAACCCUUCAGGACCUCAUUGUUUGUGAGAUGAGGCGAGGUGAGCGUUGUCCUUUGACACCAGAUGGCAUCUCUGAUUCAGACAGCCCCCCCCCAUGGAGCAAACAAACAAACAAACAAACAAACAAACAAACAGGAAAGUGAUGGUUAGGAGACUUCUGGACACACAGGCAGCAGCCCCCAGUGGCACCAGGGAGGGACACAGUGCGAAUUCUGAGCAGUAGAGAUCUAACUCUCCUUCACUGCAGCUUUGGGGGGCAGACAUCUCCCUGUGGCUGACAUCUCCAGACAGAGGGGCAUUGAGUGAUGCCUAAUCCCAUCUGAUUUCUUCGUUUAUUGAGACAAUUUAUAUACCACUUAAUUGCAAUAAUCUCUAAGUGCGUACAAGGGAUGAAACCCAGGGGAAACAGAAUUGGCAAAAAUUAUUAAAUCAGGCUUCAGUUAAAUUGCCUGACAUAGUUUAUUUUUUUUAAGUCUUCAGUAAGAAUCCGGGACGCGGGUGGCACUGUGGGUUAAACCACAGAGCCUAGGGCUUGCCGAUCAGAAGGUCUGCAGUUCGAAUCCCCGCGAUGGGGUGAGCUCCCGUUGCUCAGUCCCUGCUCCUGCCAACCUAGCAGUUUGAAAGCACAUCAAAGUGCAAGUAGAUAAAUAGGUACCACUCCGGCGGGAAGGUAAACGGCAUUUCUGUGCGCAGCUCUGGUUCGCCAGAAGCGGCUUAGUCCUGCUGGCCACAUGACCCGGAAGCUGUACGCCGGCUCCCUCGGCCAGUAGAGCGAGAUGAGCGCCGCAACCCCAGAGUCGUCCGUGACUGGACCUAAUGGUCAGGGGUCCCUUUACCUUUUUAAGAAACAGAAGUUCAACAGGGAGAGUGGGCCAGUGUGACCUCAGCUAGAAUUUAGGCCCACAAAGACAAUUAGCUGUGGUUCCCGCAAGGGGUUGGAAGAAGAUUCUAGGAUUCUAGGAGUGCACAGUGCAUCUGAGCCACAGUCUCCCCCAAGGAUCGCAGUGAUUGGCCAAGGAUGCAAGGGAUCAGGCGGUCCUUGAAGUAUCCCCGUGUAUUAACGCAAGACCCUUGAACCUGGCCUGGCAGCUUCCCGGGGAGUUGCAUGCUGUGGGCAGACUGCCUCACCCCACUCUAGGUGCCCAGAUCCCACGGCAGCUUCAGACGCUGAGCUGGGCUCCUCAGGUCUUCUGGAAAGGACACCCUCUCCUCCGCUGCCCGCCUUGAAGCCUUCUCCCCACAGAGAGACAUUCCAAGGCGGCUUCCGGACGUCGUCAUUGCUUCCAUCCCUAAAUAUUCUCCUCUCCCUGGCACUAGCCUUCAGAGCAGAAGUGCGAUAUGAAUUCCGGCCGGGUUAUUGGAGUCACCUUUAAUAGGUUUCCCAGAACGAGGCCUGCAAGAUGGAGGCAGAUCACCUCUGCCUGGGCUCUGGACAGGGCGGAUGUAUUCAAGAGAUGGGGAUCAAGAGAUGGGGAUCCCAAGGGUCAUCUAGUCCAACCCCGUGCAAGGAGGGAAUCACAGCUAAAGAUGGCAAUGCAAGCCCUGCUUAGACACCUCCAGAGUCCGCCCCCUUCUGAGAGAGACCCUUCCACUGUCAAUAUGUUCUUACCCACAGAAUUUCCUCCUAAAGCUGAGCCCUUUCCGGUAAUUUGAAUCUGUUGGUUCGGGUUCCGCGCUUUGUUCCUGCUAUUCUUUGAUUUCAUGCAGCGCUGCUGCAGGGUGAAGCUGAGUUAAUAUUUUAAUAAUAAUAAUAAUAAUAAUUUAUUAUUUAUACCCCGCCCACCUGGCUGGGUUUUUUCCAGCCACUCUGGGCAGCUUCCAACCAAAUAUUAAAAUACAGUAAUGCAUCAAACAUUAAAAGCUUCCCUAAAGAGGGCCGCCUUCAGAUGUCUUCUAAAAGUCUGGUAGUUGUUGUUCUCUUUGACAUCUGGUGGGAGGGCGUUCCACAGGGCGGGCGCCACCACCGAGAAGGCCCUCUGCCUGGUUCCCUGUAACUUGGCUUCUUGCAGUGAGGGAACCGCCAGAAGGCCCUCGGAGCUGGACCUCAGUGUCCAGGCAGAACGAUGGGGGUGGAGACGCUCCUUCAGGGAUACUGGACUUCAGAUAUACUAAUAGACGUCUCAGGGAGCCAAUGCUGGCCAAAGACAUUUUCUGCCUGCAGCCCAGUGCUAGAUGGAGGGAUCCAACUGUCUGACUAAGUAGCUUCCUGUGCCCAUCAAGCUUAGUGAUGCCAACACCGGCUGGCAGCAGCUCUGCAGGGUUUCAGAAACAGGGGACAUCCUACUGGAUCCAGCCCAAGGGAGGCCUCCUAGCCCAUCCUCCUGUCCUCGUCACAGUGGCCAAAUACCCCAGAGAACCUUGGGAUCUAGAUAGAUUGCAUCUGAAACUGGAGGCUCCAUCAGAACCCAAGAAGAACCCGGCUGCUGGAUCAGGCCAGGGACCUGAUCCUGUGCUCACAUUGGCCACCCAGGUGCCUGCAGGAAGCCCCCAAGCAGAAGACCCCAGUCUCAAACCCCAACCCUAUAAAAGGAUCUUUACAUGGUUGCCCUUUUGGAUCCCAAGCUGCCAAGUAUUUGCAACAUGUUCUCUGUUUGGGCGGAGGCAUCUGGGAUCCAGCACUUGCUGCCUUCAAUGUUUCUCAACCUUUCAGAGUUGAUAUUCAGCAGGAUCCGGCAUCCGGCAUUUUGUGUUUGACGAUAGCUGCCUUCCCACGGAAUUCAGUGUUUGAAAACGCUUGAAACCCUGGCAGAUUUUUAUUUUAUUUUUAUUUUUUUGCUAGUUGAUUGCUAGUUAGUGUAUAUAGGACACUGGACACUGUGCCUGAGAGGAAAUUCCUGCUCUCUUUUUAAAAACAGGUGUCAAAACCGAACAACCAAAUUUCAAAUGGAGGACAACUUUUUUUAUUUUAGGGGGAAAUUCAAACUUUUUUUAAAAAGCAUCUUAGCUCAGUUUUUGUGAUUUCUUACACACACAGAGACACACCACAAUCGGCUUUCAGUGCUAGAUCACAGCCCUAUGAUGUGCCAAUGCCCAAGCACACCAUGCCUCUGACCAUGUGCAGAGUGUGUUUUGUGCAUCCCUGAGUAACCAGCCCCUCCAGCCAAAACACAUCUGGGGCAGCCCGUGAGGCUUCCGAGUCAAGUGCUAUGCGACUGCCGGACCUCCCUGAGCCCCAGAACCUGCCUGCUGAGAGCUUAAACUCCCUGAGGGAGGUGGACUUGGCAAGGCCGGCCCGUUUGCUGGAAGGGUGCCCUGCCCAGUUUCACAGCAAAGGCCCCAACCUCUCCCCUUUUCAGAAAUUACGAGCGACUCUCGGAUUUUGAGAAGCUGGUAUCACUGCUUCAUCGAUUUUGUUGAAUUUGCUUAAAGUUUUAAUUGCAUUAAAUAUAUAUAUAUAUUUAUUUAUACCCCGCCCUCCCCAGCCAGAGCCGGGCUCAAGGCGGCUAACACCAAUAAAAUCGUAGUAAAAACAUAAUGGGGGGAAAGAGAGGGGGAAGAAAAAACCAAUUUAAAAUACAGGUUAAAAUGCAAUUUAAAAUGCAGCCUCGUUUUAAAAGUAGCCCAUAGAUCAAGACCGUAAGGGGAGGAAAACAUAAGGGUCAGACUGAGUCCAAACCAAAGGCCAGGCAGAACAGCUCUGUCUUGCAGGCCCUGCGGAAAGAUGUCAAGUCCCGCAGGGCCCUGGUCUCUUGGGACAGAGCAUUCCACCACGUCGGGGCCAGUACUGAAAAGGCCCUGGCCCUGGCUGAGACCAAUCUAAGCACCUUGCGACCUGGGAUUUUGAAUAAAUGUUCCGUUUAUUGUCUUGAAUUCUAUUCUGUUUACCUUCCGGCUUGUGCGAACUGCUCCUUUUAAAGGGUAGGGCUGGGGGGGUUGGGGGAUGAGUUCAUGGGACCAAGAGGACAGAUUUAGAGCCUCUGGAAAGCUCCACAGCUCGCAAUGAAGACAAAAAUCCAAAGGGGUGGCAAGUUUUUUCUGCAAAAAGCCAACACCCAGGAGCUUGUUCAUUCCCAUCUUCUCCCUCUUCUCUCUCUUUCUCUCUCUCUUCGUCUGCCUGCCCUCCUGCUGACUCUUUCUCCUAGUUAGCAGCCCAAGUCCUGGAGGAGAAGGGCGUGGGGUUUGGCCUGGUGGACGCAGAGAAGGAUGCCGCGGUGGCCAAGAAAUUAGGUAAGUGCCCGGCAGGGAGCAGAAGGGGGGGCUGGCAAUACCUCCCGGGGCAGGGAGGGUGGGCAGCAAGGCGCUGCUGGAAACCAGGGUGAGGUUUGGGGCUGGAUGGGGGGGAGGUUUGCUGUGGACCAAAAGGGCAUCCGGCUAUCUUUCCCUCCAGGAGUAAAGUUACCAGAUUUUUUUCAAUGAAUCCUAAAGUAAAGGUAAAGGGACCCCUGACCAUUAGGUCCAGUUGCGGACAACUCUGGGGUUGCGGCACUCAUCUCGCUUUACUGGCCAAGGGAGCCGGCGUACAGCUUCCGGGUCAUGUGGCCAGCAUGACUAAGCCGCUUCAGGCGAACCAGAGCAGCGCACGGAAACGCAGUUUACCUUCCUGCCGGAGUGGUACCUAUUUAUCUACUUGCACUUUGAUGUGCUUUCGAACUGCUAGGUGGGCAGGAGCUGGGACCGAUCAACGGGAGCUCAGCCCGUCGCAGGGAUUCGAACUGCUGACCUUCUGAUCAGCAAGUCCUAGGCUCUGUGGUUUAACCCAUCACGCCACCCACGUCCCUCAAUGAAUCCUAGGACACUUUAAUUAAUUAACUGCCUUUCAGAGCAGCCCCAUCCCAACUUCUACUUGCGUGCAAGCAGGAGGGGGCAGGGAUCUCUCAGGCAGCGCGAUGCCUCCCUUCCCAUCAGAGCAGCCCCAAUCCCAUUCCUACUUGCGUGCAAGCAGGAGGGCACGGGGAUCCCUCAGCUGGGAAGGGAGGCUUCCCGUUGCCUAACUGAGAGAUCCCUGACCCCUCCUGCUUCCACGCAAGCUCUGAUAGGCAGCGUGAAGCCUCCCUUAGCAGCUUAGUUGCUGGGGUCAGGGAAGGUGGAGGCAGCCCAGAAGCUGCGUCUUGGAGCCCCUUCACCACCAUCAUAUGGGGACUUCCCAGCAGCUCCUGAAGCCAGCAAGAGCCACCUGCUCCAGGCUGCUGAGACUGCCGCCGCCGCGUUUCCCGGGGACAUUAGAUGAAAUCCGGGGACAUUCCGGGGACGGAAUUUGUCCGGGGACUUAUUCGCAAAUCCAGGGACUGUCCCCAGGUAACGGGGACGCCUGGUAACCCUGUCCAGGAGGGCUGCCAUUUCUACACUUGAGUGACACAACAUCAGCAACAGGCGAGACCACCAGGGGGAGAAAGGGAGCGAAGCAGGAAGAGCCCUAGCUCAGUGCUAGAGCAGCUGUUCUGCAUGUAGAAUGUCCUGGGUUCAAUUCUGAACAGCAUCUCCAGGUAGAAAUCCCUGGUCCGUGCAGACAGUCCUGAGCUGGGCAGCUAUACCUCUGAGAAUCAAGGCAGCUUCCUAUUUAAAUCAACCUUUUCUUCAAAACCAUGAGGACUGGAAACUUGACUUUGGUUUUAAAGGUUCAGCACGUGGACGAUUUCUGCCUUGCAAGCAGAAGGUGCCAUGUUCCGUCCCCAGGGGCCUCUUCAGGUGGUGCUGGGGAAGAGCGCCUGCCUGGAAACCCCAGGAGCUGCUGCCAGGCAGUGUACGCAGUACUGAGCGAAAGGAGCCAAGGGUCUGGCUGGCAGGAGAAGGGAGGUUCCUGUGAAGUGUCAGUGGUGCGCCAACCACCAGGGGGCGGUAGAAGCUCAGAGAUCCCUGCAGAACACCUUGAGCCAUUCAUGUACUUAUAAACAGGAUUCUAGCUCCACUGAGAUGCACGGGUGCUUUGUGGAAUGAGAGAGAUGAGUCCCUGACCCAGAGGUGGCUGUCAGCCUCAAGCAGCCUCUGCCAAGCUGGUGUCCUGCAGGUGUUUUGGACUACAACUCCCAUCAGCCCCUGCAGCGCCUGAUUUAUGGCGCAGUUUUCCCCAGCACAGGGCACCAAGCCAAGGGAAAACAAAAUUGAGGUGAUCCAAAAUUGAGAAGAUCCAUUUUGGGGCGGCAAAUCUAGACCUCGCCCAAGGGCGCCAUAUUACCAAAGAUUACCCCAAGCCCCUGAGCUGGUGGGAAUUGUAGUUCAGAAGUUUUGGAGGGUGCCCGGUGGGCAAAGAGUGGCCUAGAGUGUGUGUCCCCAUGGUAUAUGCAAGGGUGAAAUAAGCCCCCUUGCCCUCCAGCUCCUCUCUCUUUCCUCUGCCCCCUAUACCUUACAGCGGAGGGUUGGGCUAGAUGACCGUUGGGGGUCCCUUCUCAUGCAACAAUUCUGUGAUUCUAUGUCUGUCUCCCCUGUGCAGGCCUGGGGGAAGAAGACAGUGUGUAUGUGUUCAAGGAUGAUGAAAUCAUCGAGUACGACGGGGAGUUUUCUGCCGACACUUUGGUGGAGUUCAUCCUCGAUGUAAGUCCUGGGCCUCCUCCUGUCCCGCUGUGCCCCACAGCCUGCCCAUAUUGGCUGAAAUGCCCCCCCUGCCUCUCAACGCCUGGGGGGCCAGGGAGUCCUGCUCACCUGGGUCAGGGGCGGAAAGGCGUGUUUGUGUGUGGACAGAACCCUAGAAUCCUUUGCGUGGCUGGAACGUAACUCCGUGGCUCUGCAGAAUUGGCCCCUGGAGGGUUGGUCAUGAAGGAAUGUGGCCCUUGAGCCCCAAAAAGGCUCCCCACCCCCACUGCAAAGCCUUCAACAGCCUGAUGGCUGAACAAGUCCACCCUCCCUGUAGGAACCAGCCACGUUCUGAAAUUGUUGGGAACCGCCUUCCAAAGGAGACCCUGCUUCGCUUGCUCCAUUGCUAAAGCCACAGCACUCGGAUCGUUGGAUAAAAAAUGCUCUGGUCUGUUGGACAGUGGAAGAAGCAGCCUUGGAAGGUGGUGGGCUUUCUUUCAAUACAGGGGGUUGGACUAGAUGGCCCUGGGUGUCCCUUCCAACUCUGCGAUUCCAUGAUUUUACGACCUUGAAAGUUGGUGGGCUCUCCUUCACUGGAGGUUUCUAAACAGAGUUUGAACGGCCACCUCUCAGGGCUUCUUUGGCUGUGAUUCCUGCAGGGGUUGGACUAGAUGACCUGUGGAGGUCCCUUCCAACUAUGAUUCUGUGAUUUUGGUGCUGUGAUGCCAACGGCCUUUUCCUUCCCUUUCUCCUUCUCUCUCUCCCUCCAGGUGAUGGAAGACCCAGUGGAGUUCAUUGAAGGGGAACAUGAGCUUGAGGCAUUUGAGAAUGUUGAAGACGAGCCCAAACUGAUCGGCUACUUCAAGAACGAAGACUCGGAACGUAGGUGCCUCUUUGGGGCAAUGGGAAAGGGGGAUCCUGGUCCCCCCAAGAGGCUCUGCUGAAACGCAUCCCCUCCCCCAAACACAAACAUGUGGGAAUGUCCAGGGAUGCAGGAGAGGAUAUAUUGUUUGAUUAUAGCCUUUCCAACUUGUGUUAGUAAGUUCACAAUUUAGCAGAGUAUCAUUCCCCUUUUUAAACUUGCAGCGGAUGCGUUUGCUCAGGCUCGCUAAAGUCUCUAGAAUAACUGUUCUGGUAUUUUCCCCUUAUUCCCUCAUAAAAGAUAAGACACGACACAGUCUUCUAUAAAAGUAUAAAAAGAGUUUACUCACUCACAUUUUGUUCACAAUCAGAUCCCAGAAGGCAGACUUAGCUUAGAAAAGUUACAUACACCUGGAAACUAUCUCAUAAGGAGACAGUCCCUUUGUCCUCUCUUGGCUGGAGGCCAAUGAAAAUAGGGACAGCCUAAGGAAAAGUAGGGGAUGCGGGUGGCGCUGUGGGUUAAACCACUGAGCCUAGGACUUGUUGAUCAGAAGGUCAGCGGUUCGAAUCCCCGCGACGGGGUGAGCUCCCGUUGUUCGGUCCCUGCUCCUACCAACCUAGCAGUUCAAAAGCAUGAAGUGCGAGUACAGUGGUACCUCGAGUUACAUACGCUUCAGGUUACAGACGCUUCAGGUUACAGACUCCGCUAACCCAGAAAUAAUACCUCGGGUUCAGAACUUUGCUUCAGGAUGAGAACAGAAAUCGUGCUCCGGCGGCGCGGCAGCAGGAGGAGGCCCCAUCAGCUAAAGUGGUGCUUCAGGUUAAGAACAGUUUCAGGUUAAGAACGGACCUCCGGAAUGAAUUAAGUACUUAACCCGAGGUACCACUGUAGAUAAAUAGGUACCGCUGCGGCGGGAAGGUAAACUGCGUUUCCGUGCACUGCUCUGGUUCGCCAGAAGUGGCUUAGUCCUGCUGGCCACAUGACCCAGAAGCUGUACACCGGCUCCCUCGGCCAGUAAAGCGAGAUGAGCACCCCAACCCCAGAGUCGGCCACAACUGGACGUAAUGGUCAGGGGUCCCUUUACCUUUUAAGGAAAAGUAGGACAUUCCAGGAUCAAAUCAGAAACUGGGUCUGGUAUCUGUAAACCAGGGAUGUCCCCGGAAAAUAGGGAGACUGGGAGGGUCUGCUGCUUAAAGGCCUCCAGUGAGGGAGAUUCUGCCGCCUUCCGCGGGAGUCUGCUCCACUGCUCCAAGGUAGACUGCUCCUUCUCCUGGAGGGACUACUCCACCAUCACAGAUCUAUCCUUCCGUUGGUUCUGCAGCUGUGGCUUUUCUCCGGGAGAGACACAGCCCCGGACGAGACACGCAGUGCUGUGCAUCCGCCGCCUUGCUGCGCGGGUGCUUUUUUAAGAAACAGAACGCAGCCCGGAGUUAAAAGUUUGCAGAUUUGCGCGGAUGCCUCGUGUGCUCCCAGACAGCUCCUGUCAGCCCCCCCCCGCCGUCUCCCGCCAGUCCCUGCUUCGGGGCCGGAAGCCCCACGACCAGCUGACACCCGCAUUAAACCAGCUUAACAUGUCAGCCCUGUCACCCAUCACGGCUCGGCGGAGAGGCAGAAGCGGCCGCUCUCUCGCCCGGGCGGAAAGCCUGGUGUGGGGACGCAGAUCCUCUCUGGGUGAGGGGCUGCCAGCUCUGCAGGCAAGGGGGGAGCUAACUGGGCUCCUGAGCCCCCCAGGGGUGCUGCAGAAAGAAGGUACAGUGGUACCUCGGGUUACAUACACUUCAGGUUACAGACGCUUCAGGUUACAGACUCUGCUAACCCAGAAAUAUUACCUCGGGUUAAGAACUUUGCUUCAGGAUAAGAACAGAAAUCGUGCUCCGGCGGCAGCAGGAGGCCCCAUUAGCUAAAGUGGUGCUUCAGGUUAAGAACAGUUUCAGGUUAAGUACAGACCUCUGGAACGAAUUAAUUACUUAACCCGAGGUACCACUGUAGUUGGUUAAGGGACCUGUAGUCUCAAAAAGGUUGGAAAACUCUGCACUAAGGUAAGAACACAGUAAAAUUCAGCAAUCCAUUGCACAUUUAUUCAAAACCCGAUUCAAAUGAUUUAAUUUGCAAAAUGGAUGGACCGGGUCCUGUGAGGCCAGCUUUCCAAAGUCUGAGAGUCAUUUAUACCUCCAGUGACACCCCCACCCCAUUGGCUCUUAGCUCCCCCCACAGGUAAUCCCACUCCCAGGUUCUUAGGGGUAUUUGGCUACUAUGAUAACAGGAUGCUGGGGUAGAGGGGUGAUUGAAGGGGCUGGAAUAGAGGACCCCAGGGUCCCUUCGAACUCUAUGAUGCUUUGUUGUUUAGUCGCUUAGUCGUGUCCGACUCUUCGUGACCCCCUGGACCAGAGCAUGCCAGGCACUCCUGUCUUCCACUGCCUCCCGCAGCUUUGUCAAACUCAAGCUGGUAGCUUCCAGAACACUGUCCAACCAUCUCAUCCUCUGUCGUCCCCUUCUCCUUGUGCCCUCCAUCUUUCCCAACAUCAGGGUCUUUUCCAGGGAGUCUUCUCCUCCCAUGAGGUGGCCAAAGUCUUGGAGCCUCAGCUUCAGGAUCUGUCCUUCCAGUGAGCACUCAGGGCUGAUUUCCUUAAGAAUGGAUAGGUUUGAUCUUCUUGCAGUCCAUGGGACUCUCAAGAGUCUCCUCCAGCACCAUAAUUCAAAAGCAUCCAUUCUUCAGCGAUCAGCCUUCUUGAUGGUCCAGCUCUCACUUCCAUACAUCACUACUGGGAAAACCAGAGCUUUAACUAUACGGACCUUUGUUGGCAAGGUGAUGUCUCUGCUUUUUAAGCAUCUAUGACGCUACGAUGGCCUGAUCUUCUUAUGUUCUGAUCAUAGAUAUUAAUAAUAAUAUCAGCCCAAGGCAGGCAGGAUCCCCUCUUUCACACACACACCCAGCAGCCUUUCGGGCUUUGCCACCCCGGAAACAAGGCGCUGCUGAUCCCAUUAUUUCCCCCUUUCCAGAUUUCAAGGCCUACGAAGACGCGGCUGAGGAGUUUCACCCCUACAUUGAUUUCUAUGCCACCUUUGACAGCAAGGUACGUAGCUGGCCACAAACACCACCUCGCUUUUGCAGACAGCAGGACAGCAAAGGAUGUGUUCCUUGUUUUGGAAGGAAGCUUGCAAGUUGCAGUGGGGGAAGGGCAUUGUGGCACGAGAAGUUAGGAGGGGGGCAGAUUGCAAGUUUCCAAACAGGAGCAACCAACACACCUAAGAAAUUGAUUCCUGCGUUGCAGAGGGUUGGGCUAGAUGACCGCUGGGGGUCCCUCUGCAAUUCUAGGACUCCAUCCCUCUCUCUCCCCAUCGCAGGUUGCAAAGAAGUUGUCUCUGAAACUGAACGAGAUCGACUACUAUGAGCCUUUCAUGGAGGAACCGGUCACGAUCCCAGACAAACCCAACAGCGAGGAAGAAAUUGUCCAGUUUUUGGAGGAGCACAAGAGGUGAAGAGAAAUUGAGGAGGGGGGAGGGGGAAUUAGAGGAGGAGGAGCCCCCCCCCACGCCUUCCUGGCUCUAGACAGAGACGCAUGCACACACGCGCGCACACACACACACACUCCCCACUGAAACGGGCAAUUCUUGCUCCGUCUCCCGGCUGACUGCUGUGGAUGGGGAGGAGAGUCAUCCGUUGCCAUGGCAGCAGCAACACCAAAGUCCUUCUCCUGCUGCCAUGGCAACGGCACAUUUAUUGGCUGAGACUCCAAGCCCCAAACGGAGAAAUCUUUGCAAACAGGGGCUGGGGGGGGGGGGAGGGAGAGAUGCGUUUCGCUGGGCGGGGGGGGGGGCGCAAAAGAUGGCAUUGCUGUCCAUCAGAAGCAUCCCCCAGCCAGGCCUCUUGCCGUCAACACUGGCUGGCAGCAGCAGUCAGGCGGGAGGGGGCCAGUCCCAGUCCUUACUUGGAGAUGCUUUCGGGAAUGGAAGGGACCUGCAUGGCACGAGUCCUUCCCGUUUAUACGUGGAGAAGACGGCUGGGCUGGCUGCUGAGCUGGAGCCUCGGGGAGGCGGCGUCCUGGGGGUCCCCUGAGGACAGCCAGCUGGUUUCUGGAGCUCAGGAAACAGGUCGCGCCUGCAGCUCUGGCGCCCGGCGGAGGCUCCUGAGCGGCGGUCCCUGCACUGCGCGACCCUCGGGGUCUCUUCCACAUCCUCCACCCUGCAAUUCUGCCAGAGGAAUAGCCCCGGGGGCGAACGGGGAAUGAGGCAAAAUGGCAAUCAGUCGCCCUGGGGAUGUUUCAGAAGCCCAUGCAUGCCAAAGACCUAGGAGAAAAAUCCCCUCUCAAAUCAUCCCCUCUCUUCCCCCCAACUGCCACCCUCACCGCCGCCAGGGCGCUUAUGGGGAGGCCUACCCCCCACCCAAGCUCCCCUCUGCUCUGCUGCAGAUGUUUCCGCUGACCCUAAUCCCCUGGGAUUAACCGGGAGGUUUCCUAACCCCAAUCCCUCUCCUCCCAGGAGACCUCAGCCCUGGCACAAACAGGGCGCAUUUUGUGGCAUCAAUCCCCUUCUCUGUCCUGGGGAGGGGAGCGGCGGGGUGUCCCUCGCUUUUGGGGGAAGGAGGCCCUGCACCCCUUUCCCCCUCCUCAUUUUGGGGGUGCUGUUGAUGCGCUUCAUGCCCCUGUUUCUCAGGCACUCCCCCCGCCCCCCAUGGCAUCUCCAUCCAGCUGCUUCCAACAUCGGGCCGACGAGGGGCUGUGCGGUUGCUAUGGCAGCCUGGCCUUUGCGAUUCGCUCACGGGACCGGAUUAGGCCUGUUUUGCACAGCGAUGCUUCUCCGGCUCUCAUCCCUGGCAUUAUCCCUGAACCUCGCUCUGACCCCAAACUGACUCCCCCCACCUCCCCCUUGGCUACCUGCGUCAAAAGGAUUUGCUCAGGCUUCUAAGGCUGCGUACACACCCAAAUGCGUUUUAAAAGCACGUUUUGCGGGUAUGGGGUCUUUCGUGAGAAUAUAAGGAGAGGCUGGCGGCUGGAUCAGGCCAAAGGGGGCCCAUCGGGUCCAGCCUCCUGUUCUCACAGUGGCCGAAUAGAUGCCCUAAAGGGAAAUCCGUAAGCAGGACUCGAACACAAGAUCAACUCUCCCCUCCAGCAACUUGUGCUCAGAAGUAUCUCUGCCUCUGACUGAGGAGGCAGAGUACAGCCAUCCUGGCUAGGAGCCACAAAUUGUCUCCUCCUCCAUAAAUUUGUCUCAUCCUCUUUUAAAGCCAUCCAGAUUUGUGGCCGUUGUGGCAGGGAGUUCCACAGUUUAACUAUGUGCAGCAUGAAGAAGGACUUUUCUUUUAUCAGUUCUGAGUCUUCCGACACUCAGCCUGAUUGGAUGCCCCCCCCCCCGCAGCACUGGUGUUAUGGGUGGGGGGUUGGAGAAGAAGAAGAGAAGAGUUUGGAUUUGAUAUCCUGCCUUUUACUCCCCUUCAGGAAUCUCAAAGCGGCUCACAUUCUCCUUUCCCUUCCUCCCCCACAACAAACACUCUGUGAGGUGAGUGGGGCUGAGAGACUUCAGAGAAGUGUGACUGGCCCAAGGUCACCCAGCAGCUGCAGGUGGAGGAGCAGGGAAGCAAACCCGGUUCCCCAGAUUAUGAGUCCACCACUCUUAACCACUACACCACACUGGCUCUCCCCUCCAUCCACUUCCUCCAGGCCAUGUAUAAAAUCAUAGAAUUGUAGGGAGGGACCCUGACGGUCAUCUAGUCCAUGGGUAGGCAACCUAAGGCCCGGGGGCCAGAUCCGGCCCAAUCGCCUUCUAAAUCCGGCCUGCAGAUGGUCCGGGAAUCAGCAUGUUUUUACAUGAGUAGAAUGUGCCCUUUUAUUUAAAAUGCAUCUCUGGGUUAUGUGUGGGGCAUAGGAAUGCGUUCAUUUUUAUUAUUUUUUUCAAAAUAUAGUCUGGCCCCCCGACAAGGUCUGAGGGACAGUGGUCCGCCCCCCCCCCCCCCGCUAAAAAGUUUGCUGGCCCCUGAAAUUUCUAGUCCAACCUCCUGUGAUGCAAUAAUUUUACCUGGGCUGGCCCACCCAUGAGGCAAGUUGAGGCAAGCACCUCAGGCAGCAGAAUCCACAGGGGCAGCAGACCCAGCCUCCAAGGGAUGCAUUGGCUGCCGCUGCUGUUCCUGCUGCCUCCUUAGCACCCCUCCCCAGCCCACCUCUGCUGCAAUAUCUCAGCCAAUAGGAGGCACUGGGGGCCUCCUUCCACCCUUGCAAAUGAUGUAUAUAUUUAUCCCCCACCUGUCCCUGAUGUAGAUAGAUCUUCACUCGCCAGUGUGGUGUAGUGGUUAAGAGCGGUAGACUCGUCAUCUGGGGAACCGGGUUCGCUUCCCUGCUCCUCCACAUGCAGCUGCUGGGUGACCUUGGGCCAGUCACACUUCUCUGAAGUCUCUCAACCCCACUCACCUCCCAGAGUGUUUGUUGUGGGGAGGAAGGGAAAGGAGAUUGUGAGCCGCUUUGAGUCUCCUUAAAGGUAAAGGGACCCCUGACCAUUAGGUCCAGUCGUGGCCGACUCUGGAGUUGCGGCGCUCAUCUCACUUUAUUGGCCGAGGGAGCCGGCGUACAGCUUCUGGGUCAUGUGGCCAGCAUGACUAAGCCGCUUCUGGCGAACCAGAGCAACGCACAGAAACGGCGUAUACCUUCCCGCCAGAGCGGUACCUAUUUAUCUACUUGCACUUUGAUGUGCUUUUGAACUGCUAGGUGGGCAGGAGCUGGGACCAAGCAAUGGGAGCUCACCCUGUCACAGGGAUUCAAACCGCCAACCUUCUGAUUGGCAAGCCCUAGGCUCUGUGGUUUAACCCACAGCGCCACCCGCGUCCCUUUGGAGACUCCUUAGGGUAGUGAUAAAGCAGGAUAUCAAAUCCAAACUCUUCUUCUGUUUGGGGGUUUGCCUCAGGUGUCCGAAUGCCUUGGGCUGGCCCUGAAUUUUAUACACUUCUAUCAUGUUGCCUCUUCCUCACCUUUUCUCCAAACUAAAAAUCCCCCAAUGCUGCCAGCUUUCUUCACAGCCCCAUCUGGAGGUGCCGUGGGGCAUUGAACCAGGGACCUUAUGCAUGCAAAGCAGGUGCACUGUUGCAGAGCUACAGCUCUUCACUUAAAAAGAAAGCAAGAUUCUGGUCCUCAUUGUUCUGAAUUAAGGGCUGGUGGCCUAGAGAUGCGCAUUGUACCAGGGAGCUUCUGAAUGCCCAGUAGUUUAUGUAACCGCUGGUAAAGGUAAAGGGACCCCUGACCAUUAGGUCCAGUUGUGCCCGACUCUGGGGUUGCAGCGCUCAUCUCGCUUUACUGGCCAAGGGAGCCGGCGUACAGCUUCCGGGUCAUGUGGCCAGCAGGACUAAGCCGCUUCUGGUGAACCAGAGCAGCGCACGGAAACGCCAUUUACCUUCCCACCAGAGCACCACCUAUUUAUCUACUUGCACUUUGACAUGCUUUCGAACUGCUAGGUUGGCAGGAGCAGGGACUGAGCAAUGGGAGCUCACUCCGUCAUUGCGGGGAUUCGAACCGCCGACCUUCUGAUCGGCAAGUCCUAGGCUCUGUGGUUUAGACCACCGUGCCACCUGCGUCCCUAUAUAACUGCUGAGUUGUGGCCUCUUCUCUCCCCUCCCAUGGCUCAUUUUUGGUCAUCUCCAAACUCACAUGCAUAGCCUAACCAAACAGCUUUCCGGUCCAGCAAAGGUCUUUGCCACCCACUCACAGCCCCAGGAUUUUUGCUGACAUCUGCAGAUUGGGUUAACUGAAAGAUGAGGAUCUGAUGGUUCCUUCUGAUGAUUAACAGGAUUUUGCAAGGCAGCGUUGGAGGGGAUCUUACCGGAUUUCAACAGAAGCUGCACUGAAGAUCAUUAGUACCCGGAGCCUUAAAGAAGUUUGUGUGUGUUUUCCCCUCUUCCUCAAACUCUCUCUUCUGCCCCUCUUGUCUUACAGGCCCACACUGAGGAAGCUCCAGCCAGAAAGCAUGUAUGAGACUUGGGUACGUCUAGGGGACGCCAGGGGGGAGGGAGAAAGAGGAAAGCCUCUGGAAUUCUCUGCCUCCAAACCUGUCCCUGGAUUUUGGAGUUUCGGGUUUCCUGGAGUGCUUCUGCAGAUGUGUUGCUGAUGCUCCUCAGCCCCCCCCCCCCUUAGCUGGAAGCAGAAAUAAUGUGAGGAUUUCAGACAGCAUUUAUAUCAUGCAGCAAUGCCCUUCCCUGUGGCCAAGAUCUUUCUAACAAUGUCUGCUCACAAGUAUAAACAGAACUGAUUUUCCAUUAAGGAGUUGGGUGGAAUUGAGCAAGACGUAUGAGUGAUUCAGUAUUCCACCAGCUGCCUAACUCCCCCAUAGGUGAGAAAACGGACAUGGGGCAAUUCAGAGAAGAUAUUUUCAAGGGGAAAUUGACCACUAAUCCCCCAGCCAGUACAAAUGCCAAACUUUCUUUGCUUUUAUAAUUUUAUGAUGAUUUUAAUGAUUUCAUUGUCUGCCCCCAUGCUAUUUGUUUAAUGAGCUGGAAAUUGAGAAAUACCAAGAUGUCUCUGUACUUUUGUUUUCUCUGUGUGUUUGCCUUUCUUCCGCCGCUACACCACCAAGGAGCAUUGAUAAAACACGGUGAUCUUGAGGCCAUUGUAAGCGAGAUGCCUGCAGCCUCGUUCAUUCAGAAAAACGUAUACCCGGCCACCCCACCUAGCUAUUCACCAAGCGGCCUCACCAUAAAUAAUUCACCCUGGUGCAAACAGCACAAAAGCAGCAACUUUGUGCAAACUGAUAUUGCUGUGUUGGCCAGCUGAAAAUGACCAACUUCCUUUUGUUCUGAACUCAUGGAUGUUCGUUCCAGCUCUCCCUUCGCCCUACAGACGUAGGUGACAAAACCUUUCCAAAGGUCGUCAUCAAGGUGCAGACGCGUCCCUCAAAAAAUCUCCCUGUUGUUGUGGGAAAGUGCCCUUCGGCAAGGAGUUCUCCCGCAAAGGAGAGCUGUACUUGAGAGUCACCAUGAAGAGCACCGAGUGGCUAGUGCCUGGGAUGUCACCAAUUCCUAUGCAUGUUCCUGCACAACUCCUGUUCCUUGCAACAGGACUUGUGUAGGGGAAUUGCCAUGGGGCCUUGUGGUCAGUGUCUUUACACUGGUAAGACAGUCACCACGAGCUGGGAUGCUGGAGAAUUCUGACAUAAAUGUAAAUGGGAGCUGAAAUUGUGAAUGUUUGGUGGAAAUUGGUCCGGCAAAUACGGGAACAGAGCUUUGAGUCCUAGUCAGGAUUUGAACUCUGAUCUCCCAGGUCCUCUAACCUCCACACCACAUCGACUCUUGAUACAAGGCAGAAUAGAAAGCUAUGCUUUCUUACAUCCCUGCUAGUGAGUAACGUCUCUCUCUCUCCCUCUCUCUUUGUCCUUCCAGGAGGAUGAUAUAGAUGGCAUCCAUAUUGUUGCUUUUGCAGAGGAAGAUGACCCUGGUGAGUUGCCCUUACAGAGAACUGAGAGCAGAGCUUCAUGGCCACGGGGUGGGGGGGGGCUUGCCUGCAGUCUCCAUUCUCUUCCCCAAUGGUCAUUUCCCCAUCUUUCCCCAUCUACAGUAACUAAAAAACCAGGAAAGGAACGUGGUAAUAUUACAUCAGAAGGGGACAUUCAAAACAUAUCAUAAAAACACAUCCAAACUAAUAAUUGAAAGGAACUGAGGAAGAACUAGGAGAGUUCGUGCUCCAUUGUGCUGCCUGGAACAGAAUUAAAAUAGUAUAGAAGCUGACUGUCAGUCUUACCAUCAACAGACAUCCCCAGCAGAGAGUGUUUGCCCACAUUCCACAGCUGCAAUACCGAUAAUAUAUUUAUAUUUGCCAGUAGCCAACCCAGUUUUCCCUGGCUUGCACUACAGUCCCUCAAAACAGGAUAAUUAAAAAGGUGAGCCUUUGGGUUUCUUUAACAGAGCACCUGAACCAGCAGUGGGUCUUGCCUUCUGCAUCUCCAGAAACACAAAACUUUAGUUUGCUGUGAGUACAAAGGGAGCACUCGUCCCACACCCUAAAUUUAAAGCACUCUUAUUCCACUUUAACAUCAUGGCUUCCCCCAAAAAGCCUUGUCAUGUGGCGAAAGAGUACUCUAAGCCCGUGGCGUGGAUGUGGAAACUGCAGCAGCCUUCCUAGAGAUGAUAUGAUUUUGAUGGAGAAGUUUGAUAAAAUCUAUCAAGUGAUUCUGCUGUCCGUAACUGGGGCAGAUUUUUGCCACGAGACUCUUUGGAUUCUGGCUGUCUCUCUUUGCUGUUAUCAUACUGGAGCCCCACGGACGCCUCGUGGGGAGGCAGGAGCCAUGAAACUGGGUUGAAAUAGUGGCUCUGUUUAGGAAGGGCAGGAGAUGGAUGGGGUGGGCCUUGAUUUGUGGGGGGAGGCCUUUGCACAGGAAAGCUGGCAGACCCUGGCUGCCCUCUCACCUCUGUGGGAAUGUUCAGGGAUGCAGGAGAGGAUAUAUUGUUUGAUUAUAGCCUUUCCAACUUGUGUUAACAAGUUCACAAUUUAGCAGAGUAACAUUCCCCUUUUUAAACUCACAGCGGAUGCGUUUGCUCAGGCUCGCUAAAGCCUCUAGAAUAACUGUCCUGGUAUUUUCCCCUUAUUCCCUCAUAAAAGAUAAGACACGAAACAGUCUUCUAUAAAAGUAUAAAAAGAGUUUACUCACUCACAUUCUGUUCACAAUCGGAUCCCAGAAGGCAGACUUAGCUUGGAAAAGUAACAUGCACCUGGAAACUAUCUCAUAAGGAGACAGUCCCUUUGGAGGCCAAGAGAGCGUCUUUGGCUAAGCAGAUAUUGCUUCUUUGAUGCAUGUAGUCAAAAGAGAGAGAGAUGGCUGCCCUGCCCUGUGCUUUUGUCGUUACCUGCACAGGUGAGGCCACACCCACCUCUAGUCACAUGCAGAGGAAGUCUGUCCCAGCCCAGAAGGAAACAGGAAGUUGACCUGCUGGCUGGACAAACAUUCCUCCCCAGGUGUAAACAUGUUCACUCUAGGAAUGUUGUACUUGACUGCUCUUGUGUUUCACAUCCCACAACCUCCCUCUCUCCUCAACACUUUCUGGCCACAGAUGGUUAUGAGUUCCUGGAAAUCCUGAAGGAUGUUGCCCAAGACAACACAGACAACCCAGACCUCAGUAUCAUCUGGAUCGACCCUGAAGACUUUCCACUGGUGAACAGGCAAUUGUGCUCUUUAGCGGGGGUGGGGGUGGCUGUCAAGGACGCCAUGGCUUGUUCUUGCUGCUAUGGCCCACACCAAUGCCCCCCAAAGUUGGAUUAGACCCAUUUCUUGGAAGAAAGCCAGUGUCCCCACAACCACUUUGUGUCCCCACUCACCCUCCGCAAAAUCGGACGCUGCACGUGCCUGAAAGUCUUUGUGGACCCUCAUUCCCUGUUCCCUCUUUCUCUCUCUCAGCUGAUUCCCUACUGGGAGAAGACUUUCGACAUUGACCUGUCCAGGCCUCAGAUUGGCGUCGUCAACGUAACGGACGUAAGUGACCACGGGCACGGGAGAGGCGGGCAACUCUGCCGCUGUUGCAAAGUCCAAACCAGGCGCAUGCCUCUUGAGAACAACGCUUUUGUAGAAUUUGUAGGGAAGGAAGUGUUUCUGAAUGCCCAGGUGGGAAAUUCAGCGGUUGUAUGGCAAACAAGAGGGACGUGGGUGGCGCUGUGGGUUAAACCACAAAGCCUAGGACUUGCCAAUCAGAAGGUUGGCGGUUCGAAUCCCCGCGACAGGGUGAGAUCCCUUUGCUCGGUCCCUGCUCCUGCCAACCUAGCAGUUCGAAAGCACGUCAAAGUGCAAGUAGAUAAAUAGGUACCGCUCCGGCGGGAAGGUAAACGGCGUUUCCGUGCGCUGUUCUGGUUCGCCAGAAGCGGCUUAGUCAUACUGGCCACAUGACCCGGAAGCUGUACGCCGGCUCCAUCGGCCAAUAAAGUGAGAUGAGCGCCGCAACCCCAGAGUCUGUCACGACUGGACCUAAUGGUCAGGGGUCCCUUUACCUUUAUGGCAAACAAGCUAUGGACACCCCCUGUUUCUGGAAGCCCCCAUAAUAAAUAAAUAAAUUCCCAAUACUCAAUGAAGCAACAUUUUAAGUUUCCUGCCUUCAAGCCCUCUCCCCUUCUUUCAGAUGGCUCUGCUAUAGACAGCGACAGGGGUCAAGACGUCCAUGUAGGCAGGGGGUGGGAAGUUAUGGGGGAAAUGUUAUCUGAGAAAGACCCCCUGAGCCACCUCAGUCACCCGCUGCAUGUUCCCUUGAUACCAGGGAUGAAUCAAACACAAAGUGGGGUUGGACUAGAUGGGCCCCAUGGGGUGCCUUGCAACUCUAUAGUUCUGCGAUUCUAUAAAUUUUUUCACAGUCUUGGGAAAGCUCAGGGGUGGGGGUGGGGUAAUCAAAAUGUCAUACACAUUUUACCCCCCCCCCCAAAUAUCCUUCACUAUAUCCUAUGUCCUUUUUUAUAUUCAGAACAGAUACAGUGGUACCUUGGUUCUCAAACUUAAUCUAUUCCAGAAGUCCGUUCCAAAACCAAAGCGUUCCAAAACAAAGGCGCGCUUUUCCAUAAAAAUGCAAAAUGGAUUAAUCCAUUCCAGACUUUUAAAAAACCCCAAAACAGCAAUUUAACAUGGAUUUUACUAUCUAACGAGACCAUCGAUCCAUAAAAUGAAAGCAAUAAACAAUGUACUGCAGUCACGCAAUUAAUCAAUCAAUCAGUAGCUGAACUGGGUUCCACAUAGUCACAAAAACAAAACAAAAAGAGCCGCAGAAACAAAAAUGCAAAAUAAAUAGCAGAAACAGACAGACCUCAGCGUAACACUCAAAACAGAAGCAUAACACUCAAAAUAGAGCAUGUUCGGCUUCCGAAAAAAGUUCUCUUACUUCGGGGUUUACAGUGUUUGGGUUCCAAGUUGUAUGAGUACCAAAGCAUUUGAGAACCACUGUAAAUGUAAAGUAUUUAACCUGCACUAAUCUGAAGGCAGCCCUAUUCAGGGAAGCUUUUUAUGUGUGACAUUUUAGUGUAUUUUUGGUCUUUGUUGGAAGCUGCCCAGAGUGCCUGGGGAAACCCAACAGCUUCCAACAAAGACCAAAAAUACACUAAAAUGUCGCACAUAAAAAGCUUCCCUGAACAGGGCUGCCUUCAGAUGUCUUCUAAAAGUCAGAGAGUUGUUUAUUUCCUUGACGUCUGAUGGGAGGGUGUUCCACAAGGCAGGCGCCACCACCGAGAAGGCCCUCUGCCUGGUUCCCUGUAGCUUUGCUUCUUGCAGUGAGGGAACCACCAGAAGGCCCUCGGAGCUGGACCUCAGUGUCCGGGCAGAAAGAUGGAGGUGGAGAUGCUCCUUCAGAACAUCACAAAUCAAUAGGAUGAUCUCCAGCUGAAUUUUACAUCCCCCCCGCCAGGCUGACAGCAUAUGGCUGGAGAUGGACGACGAGGAUGACCUGCCAUCCACAGAGGAGUUGGAAGACUGGAUUGAGGAUGUGCUGGAAGGAGAGAUCAACACGGAAGAUGACGACGACGAUGACGAUGACGACGAUGACGAUGAUGAUGAUGAUGACGACUAGAGGCUCCCGUUCUUCAUGGAAGGCGGACCCUGCCUGUUGAGGUCCACCUGCGUCACACCUGUCCCCAGAGUGUCCCUCGGGGGCCGCAGUGCCAGGCGCCUCUGGCCGACGCGAAAUUCAACGCUUUGCCACCAGACCCUAGCAAGAACGUAUUUUUAUAUUGAUCCUAUUUAAGUCAAGGGCCCCCACCCUGUGCUGAACCCCACGUGUGUCCCCCCAGGGACCCCGCUCUGCCCUCUGCCAGCGCAGGGGUGCUUGUUGGUGCUGACCCCUCCCUCCCCUUUCCGCACUAGGCUCGCCAGGUCUCCUUCAGGCACCUGAGGAUGCUGUUCCUGGAUGGACCAUCAGUUUUCCCUGGGAUGUUAAGCCCAGCUCAGGUUUUCCAGGUGAAUCCCAGGAACGGGCAAGGCUCUUUGCCUGUUCCUAACCCUCAGCAUCCUGGUUUAUCAGGGCACUUGAUGGACCUCCCAGCUCAGCACAGGCAGAGAUGUGUGUGACCCUAAGUGUUGUCGGCCCAGUGAAUUUCCCAUCAUGCCUCUCUCUCUCUAUGCUUCCCCUGUGAUGUCCACUCUGACUGGCAGGGGCUGUCCAGGCAGGGAAUCUUUUCUCAGCCCUUCCUGGAGAUGCCACUGGGGUGGGAAGGGUGAAACCUGGGACCUUCUAGACACAGAGCAGAUGCCUUAUUUACCAUCUCUUCCCAAAUUCCCUGCCUUCCCACCAAUGCCUUCCUCUUCCUCACCGCGACGCAAGGGAAUAGUUCCCGUCUUCUUUGCUAGCGUCUCUCUUGGACUUUGUUAAAUCUAUCACUCACUUUGGCUCUGAGUUUCUGUCAGGAAACACCUCCCCAAAUCAUUUCAUCAGUUAAACUGAAGUGGGAGGGCAGAGAUCAGCCAAUAACGUGUGUGUUUUUGGGGGGGGAUAGAAACAAAUGUAAUUCCUGGGCUUUGGGGGUGAAUAUAUUUGGGCUAAAACUGUCUUGUUAAUAUUUCAGGAGUGGGGAGAUAAUCGGGGGGGGACCCACAACCUGUUCAGCACUCAGUGGGGGUGACACAAUGUACAAUUUGUAUAUUUUUCAACAACUUUGUACAGAUCAACCAAAGCGAUUAAAAAAAAAAAUCAAAUAACAAUGCUGGUGAGAUAUUAUUUUCUGCCCGCUACCCUUCUCCCCCACCCCCCAAAAUUCUCAUAACGAUGAGGGCAUAUCAGUUAUUAUGGAGAGCGGGGGCUCAAAGUCCCGAAGGCAAAAAGGACCAAGGAUAGGAAUUAAUCCUGGAUAUCUCUUCUUCAUAAGAACUUGAGAAGGGUCUGCUGGAUCAGGCCAAAGGGGGCCCACCUAGUCCAGCCUCCUGUUCUCACAGUGGCCCACCAGACGCCCCAACCAGAAACCUGCAAGCAGGAUUCAAACGCAGGAGCCCUCUCCCUUCCUGGGGUUUGCAGUGUGAUCAUCCUGGCUGGUAGCCAUCGAUAGCUGGCUCCUCCAUUUUAAGGCCUCCACUCCUCUUUUUGAGCCACCCAUGUUGGUAGCCAUCUCUGUCCCCUGUGGCAGGGAGUUCCAUAGUUUAACUCUGCACUGCGUGAAGAAGGACUUUCUUUUAUCCGUCCCGAAUCUCCCACCAUUCACCUUCACUGGAUGUCCAUGAAUUCUAGUGUUAGGAGAGAACACUCCUUGUUCUUCCCCCAGACCAGGUAUAGUCAGAUCAAAAGGCUACACUGGGUUUUGUUUCCAUGCCUAUUUCACUGUGAUUUUGGGGGGUGGGUGUUGGGGGGGGACCUUCCCUUGGAGCCUACAUUGCCUGUGGGAGAUUGUUUUGGGAUUUGGGGCAGGGGGCAGAGAAAGAGAUUUUUGAGGAUGGAGGGAGGGAACCUGAUGCACCCGAAG